CCAAUCGGUGAUUUCUUGCUCCGAGUCCCCUCCACUCUGUGCUACACUCCUUGUGUUGUCACCCGAACCGGGAAUUGUCUGUGCUUAAGGGACAAGUUAGUAAACUAAGCUGAAAUGGCACCCAAGAAGGACGCUAAGGCUCCCGCCAAGAAGGCCGAACCUGCACCAGCACCUGCACCUGCUCCGGCACCCGAGCCAGCCCCUGCCCCUGCAGCUCCCGCUGUCGACCUGUCCGCAGUCAAGAUCGAUUUCAGCGCAGACCAGAUUGAGGACUACAGGGAGGCCUUCGGUCUGUUCGACAGGGUGGGCGACAACAAGGUGGCUUACAACCAGAUCGCCGACAUCAUGCGCGCUCUGGGACAGAACCCCACCAACAAGGAGGUGACCAAACUGCUGGGAAACCCCACUGCUGAUGACAUGGCCAACAAGAGAGUAGAGUUCGAGGGUUUCCUGCCCAUGCUCCAGACCAUCAUCAACAGCCCAAACAAGGCAGGAUUCGAGGACUACGUUGAGGGUCUGCGCGUCUUUGACAAGGAGGGCAACGGCACAGUGAUGGGUGCUGAGCUGCGUAUUGUUCUGUCGACACUGGGAGAGAAGAUGAACGAGGCAGAGAUUGACGCUCUCAUGGCAGGACAGGAGGAUGAGAACGGCUGUGUCAACUAUGAGGCCUUUGUCAAGCACAUCAUGUCUGUGUAAGGACCCUGCCACUGUGGUGGUGAGCAUCGUCCGUCCUAAUUUCCAUCAAGAUGUUUCUUUCCUCAUCACCAUUGAAGUCCCUCUGUCUCAUUGGGGUUUUAUUGUCAUCAUCACUGGUCUUCAAAGUGGAACAGUGAUGGAGGGAAACCUGGGAUAACGAUGACCACCCCCUCCUAUCACUUACUGUGUGGCUAGCCCUCUAUCUGCCAGUGAAGUGAAGUGGUUUUGACCAGGACUGGACAUCAACAUGAAUCCACUCCUCGCCCAACCCAAUCCCUAGGUCUUAACUUAUUGUAUCCUCUGCCAUUUCACAAUAAACUUUUCACAAACUCCCA